GUGAAUGCCAAAUGUAUGUCGAGUGCCUUUCAGCUUCACGGUGCCUGCAGGAGGAAAUGCAAACUCCCUUCAUCACACUGCUGCACUACAGGAAAUCUUCCUAACAUCUUUACUUUCCUCUCUGUUGCAGAUGACACCAGCUCAGGAAAGAACAGCCAGACACCUGAAGGCUCUAACGGAGAAUAUGAAGAUCAUUCUGGGAAGCAAUGGGUCCAGCCCAGGUUCACCCAGCCUGCAAAGAUGAGACGCAGAGUGAUCGCCCGUCCUGUCGGCAGCUCCAUCCGCCUGAAGUGUGUGGCCAGCGGCAACCCACGGCCCGACAUCACAUGGCUGAAGGACAAUAAGCCCCUCAUGCCCCAUGAGACUGGGGAGAACAAGAAGAAGAAGUGGACACUGAACCUGAAGAAUCUGAAGCCAGAGGAUAGUGGGAAAUACACAUGCCGAGUGUUUAACAAAGUUGGGGAAAUCAAUGCGACUUACAAAGUUGAAGUGAUCCAGAGAACGAGAUCCAAGCCCAUCCUGACAGGGACACACCCCGUCAACACAACGGUAGACUAUGGUGGGACCACAUCCUUCCAGUGUAAAGUCCGCAGUGAUGUCAAACCUGUCAUCCAGUGGCUGAAGCGAGUGGAGUAUGGCACAGAGAGCAAGUACAACUCUACCAUUGAUGUCGGGGGACAGAAGUUUGUUGUGCUACCCACGGGGGAGGUCUGGUCCCGUCCUGAUGGCUCCUACCUGAACAAGCUGAUGAUUACUCGAGCCAAGGAAGAAGAUGCAGGGAUGUACAUUUGCUUAGGGGCAAACACCAUGGGCUACAGUUUUCGCAGUGCUUUUCUCACAGUCCUGCCAGAUCCCAAGCCUCCGAGUGCACCUGUGCCCCCCUCCUCAGCCAGCAGCCUUCCCUGGCCUGUGAUCAUCGGCAUCCCAGCUGGAGCGGUCUUCAUCUUUGGGACAAUCCUCCUGUGGCUUUGCCAGACUAAGAAGAAACCUUGCUCCCCACCAGCUGCUGCCCCUGUGCACCGGCCGCAGCCCCGGGACAGGAUCUGUGUUUCCCAGGUCCCAGACAAAGACUGCAUCUCCUCCAUAAACUAUGAGGAAUACGUCGCUCAGCAGCAGCAUUUACUGUCCCAAGGGCCUGCGCUCGCUCCAGCCAUGGCAUCCAAAAUGUACCCAAAGAUUUACACGGACAUCCAUACCCACACCCACUCACAUGUGGAAGGCAAAGUCCACCAGCACCAGCACAUUCAGUACCAGUGCUAAGAGGGCGGCCAUGUACAGAAGCUCGUGUGGGCUUUUCCUCCUGGUACCUCAGAAGAGACUGCUCAAAGUCAGCUCGCACUGCCAGCAAUAGGCAAAGCAGACAGAAAAGAUUAUAUAUAUGAUUUUAAAUAUAUAUAUACAUAUAUAUAUAAUUGUAUAUGCGUGUGUAUGUGUGUAUAUAUAUAUGUGUAUAUAUCUAUAUCUAUCUAUAUAAAUAUAUAUAUAAUAGAGAAAGACAGAGAAAAGAGAUUUUUUUUUUUAAUUAUUGCAAUCAGGAUGUAGCCAAGGAAUAAUGAAGGAACUCCAAAUCCCAGCAGCUAGGCAGCUGUCUCCACCAGUGGAGCCUUCCUGGAUUUUUUAAGUAAGGUGGUGGCAAGUGAGACAGGAUGUAGGGAUAUAAACCACCGCCUCCUUCUGUUGCUAAAAGGAGCAAGAAAAGGUGACAUGGUGCUUUUCUAGGGCAGGCACCCCUGUUCUUGUGCUUGCUGCAUAUCAUGUGUUUUGGUGGGAAGACCCCAGACCUGUCCCAUUUAUGUGGGAGAACCUUUUCCCUUAGAAUGACUCAAGCUGUAAAGAUUUAGUUCCAAAGCACAAGGAGAAAUGACCAACUCACCUCUUCCUAAUAACACAAGGGGAAAAAAAAUGAAUUUCUGUUCCCAAAGUGAAAUGUGGAAUGUUUCUCAAGCACAGUCGUCUUGUCUAUAAUGCUAACCAAGAUGCUUGUUUCAAUUUCUUCAAGUUAAAGGCAUUGACUUCCCCCAUGGAGGAUUCUACAGAGCUAAUGUCACUGCCCUAGUCCCAGGACUCAGUGCCACUGCCAUGAAAAAGGAAGGAAGGAAAGAGGAACGUUGUACAGAACACCUUUAUAUUUAUAUUUAAGAAAUAAUAAUAAUUAAUAAUAAUAAUAAUUGAACUGCUGAUGGUGAAGAAAGCAAAACACGCUGCCCUUCUCUGAUGGCUUACGGUGACAAGCUACUGGAUUCUGUACAUCAAUGCAAGAUACAUGAGAACAUAAGGAGAAACAGAAAAAGAAAAUGAAAUAAUAAUGUUGUAGGAAAAAUUGCAUUUGAGAAAUAUUCACCAAGGUUGUGUGUGGUUGUCCCCUCCCCACAAAUAGCAUUUUGGAAAUGAUACACUUUCAUUUCAGUUUGAACAAUGGUGAAAACAGAAAUAAAAGAGAUUAAUUAAGGGCCAUAUUAAAUACCUGUAUGGACUGGAAAUUAAUCCAAAUGCAAAUACAAAACCUUUGUAAUUCUAUAUAGAGUUUAAACAGAAGUCAUGUAUAUUUAAUUUAUUUUGUUAAACAAGAAAAAAAAUGUAUGAUAUUUUCCUCAAAACUGGCAUUUCUAUGCAUAUUUUUGAUCAAAGAAAAUAAAGAUUUUUUUUUUUCCAGGUUCUAUAGA